GAUAGAGGAAAAAGAAACAGAAAAGGAAAAAAAAUAGAGGAGUGGGAGGGAGACGCGGCCUGGAGGCAGGCAGGUAGACCACGCCGCGCGUCGGCAUUUCCCCUCCCGUCCCCGCCGCCACUCCUGGCUCCUCCGUCCCAUUCGCCACCGACCCGCGCUACCUGCCUCUUGUCUCGCGGACUCCAGGGCUGGUGCUGGCGUGCUGCCUCCACGUGUUCCCCGCGGGGGCUGCUGCCGCGACCAUGGCAACCGGCGCCGUCACGCCGCCGCCCCUGGCCGCCGCGCGGCGUGGCAUCCGUGGCCGGGGAGUCCUCCACCGGCGCCUCGCCGCCUCGCCUAUGAAAGAUGAACCUGUGAUUUCCACAAAUGGCGGAAAUGAGGAAACGGUCACUGACAGCCUCAAUGUUGCCAGAGGAUUGUCUCACCCUGGGCUUUCAUCAAGUUUAUCCAAUAAGGCAUCAGUGGUCCCAACUCCUUUGCUUCCUAACGAACCAUCUGAUCUCCGGUUCAAUCGUCUUCGACCCUCAAUUGAUGAAAGUGAUUGCAAAUACAAAAGAUUAUUUGGCUGCUAUGUUGCUCGUGAGGCUUUAAUCGAUGAGGAAUACUGGAUCGCUGCAUGGUUAAGAGCAGAAGAUCACUAUGAAGAUCAGUCAGGCAACCGCUAUGUCGAAAGCUUUAAAAGAAAGUUUGCAUCACAGGAAUUUCAUGCAUUAAAGAAGCGAUGCAGCAAACAGCAUGGAGAAAAGUAUAUAUGUUUUGUUGCGGUGAAGAAUGAUGACCUCAGGCGGACUGUCCUGAAUAGCGUUGUUGGUACCUUAGAUGUAUGUGUAAGGCAUCCUCUACACGGAGAGAAAUUUCCUGAGGAGCCUGGAAGUGGAAGGUCAUCUCUUCACUGUAGAAUCUAUCAGCCAGAUCAGCCAAAAUUUGGGUAUUUAACAAAUGUAUGCGUUGCUAAAUAUGCAAGGCGUCAAGGGAUCGCCAGCAACAUGUUGUUGUUGGCCAUAGAUGCUGCAAGACUCAAUGGUGCUGAAAAUAUUUACAUUCAUGUGCAUAAAGAUAAUUUACCAGCGUGGAGGCUCUAUAAUCAGAUAGGAUUCAAGAUGGUUGACCAGGAUGGUGCUCGUCAUUCAUCAGAUCUGUGCUUACUCUCCUUCAGUUCAUAGGUCUAGCUGACUAGGAUAGGAAUAGAAGGACAUGCUCUCACCAGUUCCAUCUUGCUGCGCAGAGAAAUGCCACUGGUCCUCGUGAUUUGGAAAAGCAGGAGGGUGUGUGCCAACGAAUACCUUUACCAUCUUGUACAUGAUGAAAGUUGUUUUCAUAAGUUUCUGAGUUUCGAGAUUGUCACUAGAUCGGUGACAGUUCUGAUGCCCCAGAAUGUUGUGGUAUCUGAAUACUUCAAAAGGCUUCUGUCAUUGUAUAGUUUCCGGAGCCUUUUUUUUUUCCCUUUUUUUUUCUUUUUGAGGUUGAAGCCUGCAAAUGUUGUAGGUUGUUCCUGUGACACUGCAAUGAAAAUACAGUCUUGGCCUCUUGGGCACGGGGCACCUGAUACCGUAACUGUGCUCUUGUUGCUGA